AUGUUGGACGCAGGAGACGACAGCUUUCACGUCAAACGUGUAGACUACUCUCACAUGAGUGACUCAGAAUGGGAGGUAGUUGGCCGCAUGAGUGUGCUCAUGGGCGAACCCGCCAUCAGUGGCACGUUCGAGUCUCUAAGCGGAGACCAGCAGCAUGCUGCUAUCAACAAGUUCCUACAAGGGGAACUUGCCGUCGAAGGACAGAAGAUAGCCUUGCUACAGCAGCAACGCUCUCAUCAGUCGAUGGGCGGGCCGACGCACAUGUGUCGACCCGAAACCUUGAAGAUUGAUAUCUCAAGGUACAAGGGAACCGAUGAAGAUUCCCUUUUGAGAUGGUUCGUUGAGUUAGACGAUGCCAUCAGGGCCCGUCACAUCGAGGGUGACGAGAUGCAAGUCACCUUCGCCCUUUCAAAUUUGACGGGACGAGGAAAGACUUGGGCCUUAGCGCUCAAGCUUCACGACCAAAACUUGUUUGAGUCGUUGGAGAUCUUGAAGUCGCGGCUUAAAGAGACGUUUGAGCCGCCGAGAGCCGAGUCCAGAGCACGCUCUGCACUCUUGGGGCUAAAGCAAGGUAAGCGUGACGUGCACGCUUGCGCACAGCACCUCCGCUACCUUGCAAGAAGCAUUACAAAAACCCUGAUGAUGAGCAUACGCUUAUCAACGUGUUCAUCUACGGCCUUGUAG